UUUUACUGUUCCGAAGGAUCCUGAACUCCGAAAAAAAUGGCAAGAGAAAAACAUUUUUUGAGAGAAGACAUGAUGACGACGUACAAGUUAUCCAGUACCACUGGGCAAACUCUCCGUCAGGGACCUAUUGGAAGGCCAAAAUUACGAGAUGGAGCAGUUCCAUUGUGGUUGCCAUGGACGGAAGUAUCUCGUUGCCAGUUAUCCUGCCCAGACGUUCAGUCCUCUGAAUCACCAGAAGAUGCUUCUGUCAAAGAUAUUAUCCAUGUCAACUCCUCUUUCUCUCGUGCAUCGAAUAGUGAAAGCAUGCUGAACUUGUCAGUAACUCUCGGAGAGAUGAGUACACUGUCUUUUUCCGCAUGUGAGACAUCACAACUGGCUCUCAGCAGUCAGUCAAACACUUCCGAAGCUGUUGAAUCCAAUCUGCCAUUUACAUUUGAUGAUGAAUAA